GAACCAUAGAACCACGCAGAUAAAUAGCUGUUAUUUCUCUGUCAGCUGAAAAAAAACUCAAUAACUUUUACUGCGUUUUUAAACUGCACAGAUCCCUUCCACUCCCCCCACCCACACCUUUUCUCUUUUCUUUUUUUUUACACUUCUUUUAUACCACAGGUCAAGCAGGGAGUGUGCCAAUAUUUUACGGGGACAGUAAAGCAUUCGGCGCUGAGGAAACAGACCAUUCUGCGGAAAGGACUUGCUGGUGGCUAAGCAGGCAUCUCUACCCUCUCUUUCAGGAACAGACAGUUGGAAUAAUUGGAGUUGAUCUCCCUUGCCAGAUCUCCUGUGUGGUGGGAGCGAGAGAGGGAACAAUGGGGAUACAACCUUGCCAAGUCCUUGCCCCGAGUCCAGAGCAGACCGCCCCAUGGGAACGGCACAUGCAGUGGCAUUCAGAUUGAAGUCUUCAUUGUGUCACGUACCAGGGCCAACCUCCGUUCAGCUGACCUGGGAGGGCUCACCAGGUGCUGGCUGGUCACUAAAGCCUGGCUCUUGUCUUCCAGAUUUGCCCAGGCAUGACAGACGUGGAAUUUGGCAGGAUGUCCGUCAAGGAGAUGGAGAUGGAGGGCAAAAGCAGCCCCCCACAGCCUCACUGGUUUGAGCAGUACGUCCAGCCUUGCAUCGGAGAGCUGGUGGGGUCGGCCUUCUUCAUCUUCAUUGGCUGUGCAUCGGUCAUCGAGAACUCGGAUGGCACCGGGAGGCUGCAGCCGGCAUUGGCGCACGGACUGGCCUUGGGGCUCACCAUUGCGGUUUUGGGGAACAUCAGUGGUGGCCAUUAUAACCCUGCGGUCUCCCUCGGGGCCUGGCUUGUGGGUGGGCUGAACAUGGUGAUGGUCAUUCCUUACUGGAUCUCCCAGUUGUGCGGUGGGCUCAUCGGAGCCGGGCUGGCCAAGGUGAUGACCGUCUGGGAAAGGUACGACAAUGCCACUGGGGCGGCGUUCACCUCCGUCACCUCGGACGACCAAAUCCCCGCAGCUCUGGUGGGUGAGAUUGUGAUGACCAUGUUCCUGGUCAUGACGGUCUGCAUGGGGGCCAUCAACGAGAAGACCAAGACCCCCCUGGCUCCUUUCUGUAUCGGCUUCACCGUGACGGCGGACAUCCUCGCAGGGGGAGCUGUUUCAGGAGGCUGCAUGAACCCAGCCAGAGCAUUUGGUCCUGCACUGGUCGCCAACUACUGGGACUACCACUGGGUGUACUGGGUUGGCCCGAUGGUGGCCGGACUCCUUGUUGGUGCAUUGAUAAGGACCCUGAUUGGGGACAAGAAAACCCGCAUCUUACUGAAAUGAGCACCCUCUGAGCAGGCUCCAGCGCUGGGCAGCACAACAUCAACAGACCACUGCUCCAGAGAUCUCCAGCAAUCCUCCACUUCUCAACCUCUGCUUCCCUGUUUCCUUCGUGGCCAAAGUAUUGGGCGGCCCCCACGUGGAGGAGACAGGCAGGCUCCUGGACUGUUCUGUUGAGUGCUGCUCUCUACUAUUUAAAGCAAAGGGGCUCCUUCUCCCCGUGCAUUGCUGUUAGGGAAACCCAAGCGGAGAGAGUUGCUGCUGUUGGGCUCAGGGCCUGCAUUGGCCGGUCACAGUGAGACCAGGAUGCUAGGCUAGGUGGCCCCUUUCGGCCUGACCCAGGAGCUGGGCACUUCUUACGGUCAUAUGUUCUCAACGCUGUUAGGAUAUUGGACACAGACACCAUCAGUGCCUUCAUUGAUCCAGAGGGCGGCUCUCCCCUAGGCAAGUUCCACUGGAAUAGCCCGGAGCUCUUGGGCAGCGCCUGGGAAUCUGCUGGCCCAGCUCACCCUCAUUCCACUGGGGCUUGCACAAGGCCUCGUGUAAAUUGAUCAGUGCGAAUUUUAGUAUGAAUUUCUCCCACUGUACACAUUUUCAGGAAGCAAUUUCCCCAUAUAUAAUACUUUGUUCUGUGUGCUGUUUUCACUGUAAUAUAGCGUAUGCAUUAUUGUAUAUCACUGCAGAACAGCCCUGCAAAAUUCAGAGAGGUGCAAAUUUCAAAGGAUAACUGAAUCUGUCCAUUUUGGUGUCUCUCAGUUUCUCUAGUCUUAAAUUCAGCUCUUCACAUUUCCAAAUAAAUCUGCAAUCUUUUAUAUAUAAGAAAAGUCCUCAUGAAAAUUCACCAGCGUUUUAGUGUGAAUUUCUCCUAACGAGCAUGUUUGUAUGCAGUUUUGCUUAAUGUACACAUUUUUGCAGAGCGAUUUUCCCCAAUACAGUGCAUUUUUGUAUGUUGUUUUCCCUAUUAUAUGCAUCCCUAUGCACACUUUACUCAAGCAUAUUGCUUUAUUGAUGAUUUGCUAAUUAUUGCAUAUGAUUUAUGUUGUAUUUGUGAUGUUCCAGCAUGUUUUGUUAUUGUUAUUGUUUGUAAGCUGCUUUGAGAUUCAUUUGAAUGAAAUACAACAAACCAGAUCGAA